CAUUUCCACAGCCUUCUGCGUUACUUCCCGGCCGGUUCCCGGAGCCGCAUGUGUGGAGCAGCGUAAAGGCAGGGCUGUAGCUGGACCUCGGUGGCGGUCGGGGUGUACUCUGUUACUUUCUGCCGGACUCCGAGAGUGUGGUAGCCUCCUUUUGGGGUGAGGACCGCGCGGCUGCAGCAUGCCUCACAGGAAGAAAAGGCCGUUUAUAGAGAAGAAGAAAGCUGUAUCUUUUCACCUGGUCCACCGGAGCCAACGAGAUCCUUUAGCAGCAGAUGAGACUGCACCCCAGAGGGUUCUGUUGCCUACACAGAAAAUAAAAGAUGAAGAAAGGCGAGCAGAGCAGAGGAAGUAUGGCGUGUUCUUUGAUGAUGACUAUGACUACCUGCAGCACCUGAAGGAACCAUAUGGGCCCUCGGAGCUCAUUCCCACAAGUACUUUCAGUGCACUCAACGGGGGAGAUGGGAAAGAAGAAACUUCAGUAACUUCAGCCACUGCAAUUAAGUUGCCUUCAUCAGUGUUUGCAUCAGAGUUUGAAGAAGAUGUUGGAUUGUUAAAUAAAGCAGCUCCUGUUUCAGGACCUCGGCUGGAUUUUGAUCCUGACAUUGUUGCAGCUCUUGAUGAUGAUUUUGAUUUUGAGAAUCCAGAUAAUUUGCUUGAAGAUGAUUUUAUUCUUCAGGCUAAUAAGCCAACAGAAGAGGAAGAGGGGAUGGAGAUACAGAAAUCUGAUGCGGGAGAUGACAGUGAGUGGGAAGAUGUGGAUGAUGAGAAGGAAAACGGUAGUGAUGACGAUAACUAUGACCCUGCCGGCUCAUCAGACGAGGAUACGUCUGCCCCUGGAAAGCCUCUUGGGGCUGUAGAAAAUCACUUGUUUUGGGAAGAGGAAACAAAAAGUCGCUUUACAGAUUAUUCUAUGACAUCCUCAGUCAUGAGGAGAAAUGAACAGCUGACCCUGCAUGAUGAGAGAUUUGAGAAGUUUUAUGAGCAGUAUGAUGAUGAUGAAAUUGGAGCUCUGGAUAAUGCUGAAUUGGAAGGUUCCAUUCAAGUAGAUGGCAGUCGCUUAGAGAAAAUUUUGAAUGACUACUAUAAAGAGAAGGCAGAGAAUUGUAUAAAACUGAAUACUCUUGAACCCUUCGAGGAUCAGGGCCUGCCAGUGAAUGAACUUGAGGGGUCUGAGGAAGAAGAGAUUGUUACUGUAGUUCUUGAAGAAGCCAAAGAGAAGUGGGAUUGUGAAUCUAUAUGUAGUACAUACUCAAAUUUAUAUAACCAUCCACAACUUAUCAAGUAUCAACCGAAGCCCAAACAAAUCCGACUGUCUUCUAAAACAGGAAUACCUCUGGAUGUCUUACCUAAGAAAGGACUCACAGCAAAGCAAGUUGAACGAAUGCAGAUGAUUAAUGACAGUGAUCUGCCUAAGGUGUCAACCCAACCACGUUCUAAAAAUGAAAGCAAAGAAGAUAAAAGAGCAAGAAAACAAGCUAUAAAAGAAGAGCGCAGGGAACGGAGAGUGGAGAAGAAAGCUAACAAAUUAGCCUUCAAACUGGAGAAGAGAAGGCAGGAGAAAGAGCUUCUGAACUUGAAGAAAAAUGUUGAGGGUCUAAAGCUAUGACAGCGGAACAUUAGGAUAAGAUGCAUUCCUCCUUAAGGGCUCCUUAUUACGUUCAGUAAUGAAGGAGGAUCUUCAAAGAGAUAGAGCUGUGUGAUCUGCCAUUUUUACAGGCAGGUAUUGAAAAGAAAACAAUACAGUAUUUAUACCAGCAAGUUUUCUCUGCCAGCUGUCUGGUAAAUAUGGUAAUGUUUUAAAAUUUAGUAUCAUACGCUUACAUUUUCUCUGAAAUAAAUGACUUCAUGUACAUGAAAUGUUUGGAUAAAUUAAAGGAAAUGUCUUCAUAACUUAAA